UUUCGUGCCUCCUUCCAACCCCUCUGCCCUCUUUUCCAAUCAAUCCCUGUGUGCCUGGCCUUUGAACCUUGUGUUCCCUAUAUACAGGAAGGGUGGAGCUUCUAUAUUCUCCAGAACAUCCAUGAAGAUCCAGUCAGAGGCCGAGUCUGUCACAUCCAAGCGUCUUCCAGGGCCCACCACGGCCCCACGAUCCAGCAACCCACCCCAUAAUCUAAUACCCCCUUGUGCACCAACAGAAAUCCACCAAAGCAGGACCUGAGACCUUCAGCAGUUCUAUUCUAGGGUCCUCUCUGGGUAACAAGGACAAGCAUGGCUGACAAACUGGGACUGGCAGGUGUGGUGGACGAGCCCAGUGCCCUGAACAUCUUCACUCUGUUGGAGAGGGUGUCCGGGAUCAUAGAUAAUGUGCAAGCGUGCCAGCAACGCAUGGAGGACAGGCAGCUGGAGCUGGAGAACACCGUGAAGACCAUCCAGGCGGACUUGGUGAAGUUGGCGAAGGAGCACACAGGGACGAGUAGCACCGUGGAGAAACUUCUAGAGAAAACACGCAAGGUCAGCUGCCACGUCAAGGACGUCCGUGUACGGGUGGAGAAGCAGAACAUACGUGUCAAGAAAGUGGAGGAAACUCAAGGCGAGCUGCUGAACAAGAACAAGUUCCGUGUUGUCAUCUACCAGGGAGAUAACGAGGUCCCAGCUGUAGCUGCUCCUAAAGCAUCUCCGAAGGGAGCAAUGGGUGGAGACUCUCCCAUAGACCCAGAUGCCCCAGACGCUCCGCUUCCCGACUCGGAUGAGGAAUACAUGGUCGUUGAGGAGGCCGACUCAUCUACUGCUGCCAAACUAAAGAAGACUGGCCUGAAGCGCUUUGAAAGUCUGAGGCAGACCUUCUCCCGUGAGAACAUGACUAAGACCAAAGAGAAUCUGGGCAUCAAGGUCAACAAGCUGGGUGAGCGCAUAGUAACGGCAGAACGACGUGAGAAAAUCCGCCAGUCUGGGGAACGGCUGAAACAGUCUGGUGAGCGUUUCAAGGAAACCAUCACAAAAACCGUGCCAGCAAAACUCAACCUGAAGAAGGAAAGGACGGUGGCUGAAGGUCAGGAGGGAGCUGAAGGGACCACGGAAGGAACAGCACCCAUCCCACCACCGAAGGGCCGCAAGGCCAGCCCCGGUGUGGCCUACUCAGAGCCAACGGAGAAACAAGAAGGUCCAGAUGAGGGCAAGAGCGAGGAAUCGGAAGUGCCAAUGUAUGAUAUGAAGCAGCUUUCUUAAGCCGCAAGUCUUGACAGUCACAUUUGGGGAAGACUUUCGUACAGAUAUGAAUUUGAUUAUGGAGAACUUGAAGGUGGAAAAAUUGUAAAUUUCAGAGAUCUUGCAUCUAAACAUGAAUUAGUGGAUGGUUACGACAAUUGAAUGAACGGAAUAAGGAAGUUGUACGUUACAAACAAUACCCAGAGGUGUUUUUUUUUCUUGUUU